AUGUCGGUAACCGUACAUCUGGACAAACCUCACACGCAUUUCACCAAUCUCGACUUUCUCUCAGGCAAGGUCGUCCUCCACCUCCCUUCUGAGGCUGCAGUAGGAGGAAUCCAAGUGAAAUUGGAGGGAGAAAGUCGAACGCGUCUUUCAGGGCCUCGACAUCCCCAUCACGAGUCGGACAAGAGACGGGCGGAAUCGGAGGUUCACAAGAUUCUGUAUAAGGUCGUAUCUGUUUUUCCAACACCGGCUGUUUUUCAGGCUUCAUCUCCGGGUACUUCAUACACUUUUGCUGCUGGAAAAUAUGAAUAUCCCUUUCAUUUCAAGUUCCCAUUUAACAAUGCAUGCAGCAUGCAGAAUAGCAUGCUCACCAAUUUGAAUAUCUCUGGGCUCAAAGUCGAGGUCGCUCGAGACACCCACCGCCAUGUCAAGAAAACCCUUCCCCCGUCGUUGAGCGGCUUUCCGGGAAUGGCCGACAUCAAAUAUUAUGUCAAAGCAACCGUUGUCCGGCCUCAGUUCUACAAGGAAAACAUCCGAGGGAUUGCUCCCCUGAAUUUCCUUCCAAUUGAGCCACCGAGGACCGGAAAUCCCAGUGAAGAGACGUAUGCGAGGCGUCAACAUCAAUUCUCAAAAACCUCCAACACGUCCAAGACGAAGAGUCUCUUCCAGAAGGUUUCUAAUGCUUCGCUCCGCGACCUUGCCAGUGAGCCUCCUCGCUUGUCAGCAGAUGCAAGACUCCCAAACCCGUCCAUCCUGACGUGCAAUGAACCCAUUCCACUGCGUGUUUUGGUCAAAAAGCUGUCAGAGUCAUCGGAAACAAUCUUCUUGCAGAUGCUGCAAAUUGAGUUAGUCGCAUAUACCCACAUCAUUGCCCAUGAUUUGAAACGGACAGAAAGCGGCAGUUGGGUCAUCAUGAGCCGCAGUAACAUGGGGAUUCCUCUUGGACGAGGGAGCGAUCCUGUCGAAUCCGAGUGGACGGUAGAUCCCAGCAUGUGGAAUCGCACGCCCUUGCCUAAUUCAGUAGCGCCAUCCUUUGAGACAUGCAAUAUUUCAAGAACUUAUGAGAUAGAGAUUCGAGUUGGACUGAGCCACGGAAGCGUUGGAAACGUCAAGCCUCAACUUAUCGUACUUCCCUUGAGAAUGCCGGUCAAGGUUUACUCUGGAAUUACUCCACCCCAGGCACUUUUGGACGCAAUGAAUCUUCCUGGACAAGCAAAACCCACAGAUAAUUCAUCGCGUCCUGAUCAAUCUGCAGAGACAAGUGAUCGUCCUCCGAUACCUCCCAGGCCCGCAGCUCCACCCAUGCCAGCCAAUUUGGAAGACCCCUACGAAGAAGCUCCGCCAAGCUACGAGGACGCUAUGGCGGAGAAUCUGAGUCCUGUUGAUGGUCCUCGUCGCGAGUAUAACCCACCAGAUGCCUCUUCUGCUCGGACAACCGUUGAAACUGGAGCUGACGUGAAGUCUCCAGUCCAACCGGGAAAGGAGUCUGAGCCGUCAACGCCCUACAGCAAUCACGAAGCGAAUACAUCCGUGGAGUCAUUCGACAUGCUUCCCUCGACCCCUCCUGAAUCCCAAUCCGGCUCCCCUCCUACAUCUCCCGUCGCUCGCCAACAGAGUAUACUCAAGACUACAAGGACGGCCCCGCCAGAGGAUCUCCCGCCACGGUAUUCGGUAGCACAGGGUCAAUAUCAGGCACCCCAAAACACGAGUAUUCAAAGACCGCCCAGAGCUGAAUUCCGCGCCAUGAAUCUGGGAGUUCCCAACAGAAAGCCGGUGCCACGCAGCCCCAGCUCCAGGAGCUGA